CUUGCCCUCUAGAACAAUGGUCUUAGGAUCUUAGACUGGAGCGCUCUCGUCCAUACGCCGCAAAGGAGUGAAGAAAGUCGUUCCCAUUCGGCGAGACUGCGAGCAACGGGAGAGGAAACAGGUGCUGGGGAAUUAAAGCAACACAAUAAAUAAAUUCUUCAGGACCUUCAGAGAAAUUUAAAAGGAUUUUAAACAUUGCAUUAUUCUUUCAAUAUAACCACAAUAAAACAUAAGAAAUCCUUAUCACAGAAAGCAAAAUGUCAUUGUCGGGGAGAGACAUCAGCGGAGCUCAGCAUGCCCAAUGUGUUGGACCAUAUCGCCUUGAAAAAACGUUGGGGAAAGGACAGACAGGUCUGGUGAAGUUGGGGGUCCACUGUGUAACGUGUCAAAAGGUCGCAAUAAAGAUUGUCAACCGGGAGAAGCUGAGUGAGUCAGUUCUAAUGAAGGUGGAACGAGAGAUCGCCAUUCUGAAGCUCAUAGAACAUCCUCAUGUUUUAAAGUUGCACGACGUCUAUGAAAAUAAGAAAUAUUUGUAUUUGGUACUAGAGCACGUUUCUGGAGGCGAACUUUUCGACUAUCUGGUAAAAAAGGGGAGACUAACGCCCAAGGAAGCCCGAAAAUUCUUCCGACAAAUCAUCUCUGCGUUAGAUUUCUGCCACAGCCAUUCAAUAUGCCACAGGGACUUGAAGCCUGAAAACUUGUUGCUCGAUGAGAAGAACAACAUCAGGAUAGCAGACUUUGGCAUGGCUUCCCUUCAAGUUGGAGACAGCUUAUUGGAAACCAGCUGUGGGUCCCCUCACUAUGCUUGUCCAGAAGUAAUUCGGGGGGAGAAGUAUGAUGGACGAAAAGCAGAUGUCUGGAGCUGUGGGGUCAUUCUCUUUGCACUUUUGGUGGGUGCCUUGCCGUUUGAUGAUGACAAUUUGAGAAAUUUGUUGGAAAAGGUGAAACUGGGGGUGUUCCAUAUGCCACACUUCAUCCCGCCAGACUGCCAGAACCUCUUGCGUGGCAUGAUAGAGGUGGACGCCACGAAACGAUUGACGCUAGAACAAAUUCAGAAACACACGUGGUACAUAGGGGGUAAGAACGAGCCGGAGCCCGAGCAGCCCAUCCCCCGCAAGGUGUCUGUCCGCUCGCUGCCCUCUGCAGACGACAUCGACCCCGACGUGCUGGAGAGCAUGCACUCGCUCGGCUGUUUCCGUGACAAGAACAAGCUCAUGAAAGACCUGCUGUCCGAGGAAGACAACCAGGAGAAGAUGAUCUACUUCCUCCUUCUUGACCGGAAGGAAAGGUAUCCGAGCCACGAGGAUGAGAAUCUACCGCCUCGCAAUGAAAUCGAUCCCCCCCGAAAGCGAGUAGACUCCCCGAUGCUGAACAGACACGGCAAGAGAAGGCCGGAGCGGAAGUCUAUGGAGGUGCUUAGCGUGACGGACGGAGGCUCCCCAGUGCCAGCGCGGCGAGCCAUUGAGAUGGCACAACAUGGGCAGAGGUCACGAUCAAUCAGCGGGGCAUCCUCUGGCCUCUCCACCAGCCCUCUCAGCAGCCCCAGGGUGACCCCUCACCCCUCCCCUAGGGGGAGUCCUCUCCCUACCCCCAAGGGAACACCAGUCCACACGCCCAAGGAGAGCCCGGCCAGCACGCCCAACCCCACGCCACCCUCCAGCCCCUCCAUUGGCGGGAUGCCCUGGCGGACACGCCUCAACUCCAUCAAGAACAGCUUUCUGGGAUCGCCCCGCUUCCACCGCAGGAAACUGCAAGUACCCACACAAGAGGAGAUGUCCAGCCUCACUCCAGAAUCUUCCCCUGAACUUGCCAAAAAAUCCUGGUUUGGUAAUUUUAUCAACCUGGAGAAAGAGGAGCAGAUUUUUGUGGUCAUCAGGGACAAGCCAUUGAGUUCCAUCAAAGCAGACAUUGUACACGCCUUUCUUUCGAUUCCCAGUCUCAGUCACAGUGUCAUAUCACAAACAAGCUUUCGGGCAGAGUACAAGUCAACCGGAGGCCCCACGGUAUUCCAGAAGCCUGUCAAAUUCCAGGUUGACAUCACCUACACGGAGGGCAACGAAGCGCAAAAGGAGAACGGAAUCUACUCAGUCACCUUCACACUGCUGUCAGGGCCCAGCCGUCGUUUCAAGCGAGUGGUAGAAACGAUCCAGGCCCAGUUAUUAAGCACACACGACCAGCCUUCAGUCCAGCAGCUGUCCGACGAGAAGAAUGGGCAGGUUGCCCACCAGCCUGGUACACCCACCAAGCAUGGCCCUAACAGCAAGAGACAUGAACCUGAUGUUAAUGACUUUGGUUCUAGAGGCGACUCUAAGUGCCCGACAGGCAAAGACAAGGCAAAGAUGGUGGCAUCUAUUGGGACACAGGAUUCACCAUAAAACCAAACAAACAAAAACAAAUCAAUAAAAACUAUUUAAUUAUCUAUUGAAAGCUAGUCGCUUGUACUAGUAGAUGUAAAUAAGACUACUUCGUUACAAAACCAAUAAAAAAUGUCUAUAGUCUAAAUUUUUGUAUGACGGAAUGACUGUAUGUGUAUAUAACUAAAUCAAAGAUUUAAAAGUAGAAGUAGCACGCGCAGACACACGCACCUUUUACCCCACCCCUUCACAAACAGCAUUUUUACCCCAGUAUUUUUUCAUUAUUAUUUUUUUUUGUAUCUUCUGUUCUCCUUUUAUGAUGACUUGACUUGUUUCCACUGCCAGGAAUUGUCCAGAAAAGUUAUUAAGUUCCAACCCUGGUCGAGCUGCUGUGUGCUGCGGAUAUUUGUUGACGGAAGGCCCUUUUCAAGGCAAGUAAGCAAACCAAGGAGCCAGUGACUUUUGACCCCACCCUAAGAAAACCCCAACUGCCCCCUGCCCCACCACCACCCCCCUACUCUUUACACUGACCUAUCAGAGCUUUGGACGACCACUGGGAACAAAGAGCCUUAAGACAACAUUUGUCCACAACGACACAGAGAACUGUGGGGUUUACAAAAACAAAACGGACAGAGGAAUCAGUAACAAAGCACCAGCUUGGACAUCUGGUGGAUUGGGUUGUUUCAUUUUUUAAAUGUAGGACUUCAUGAACUUCUGGGUUUAAACACUUUAUCAGACUUUAAAUGCCAUUGCUGUAGAGAACUGAACUUUGAGAGGAAGGGGGUUUCGAAUUACACAUUGAAUGAUCCACCUUACUGUACAGAUCUGUCUCUAGUAGUGACAUUUUAUUUAGUUGUAGGGGAAGGUUAAAACAUUGUGUUGCCAGAUAGUG